AUGGCGGAGGCACGCGCGCCGGACUCGCCGGAGAGUGGUCACUCCGGCGGCGGGGACCAGGCGGGGGAAGGACGCUCUGGCAACGGCCUCCGCGAGCAGGAUCGGUUCCUCCCGAUCGCCAACAUCGGGCGCAUCAUGAGGAAGGGGAUCCCUGAGAACGGCAAGAUCGCCAAAGACGCCAAGGAAUCCGUGCAGGAGUGCGUCUCCGAGUUCAUCAGCUUCGUCACGAGCGAGUAAGUAGGGAGAUCUCCCUCCGGCGGAAGGAAGAAUCCCCUUCCAUGUUCGUUGACAUUGUCUGCUCUUCUCGUCGUCGAUUGUAGAGCCAGCGGUAAAUGCCAGAAGGAGAAGAGGAAGACGGUGAACGGCGAUGAUCUCCUCUGGGCAAUGGGAACUCUAGGCUUCGAGGACUACGUGGGGCCGCUCAGGAUGUACCUGAACAUGUACAGAGAGGUUCUCCCCUCUUCCUCCUCCCUGAACCUCUUAUCUUCCCAUUAUCUCGGGACCGAAUUCAUCGGCCGCACAGGGGAAUUACUCAUCGAUCUUCCCUUUUCUUCUCCGCCGUAUCCUGUCUGCUCUGCUCUGUCGGUUGGACAAUCUCCGGCUUCUGAUAGAUGUUCUGGCAGUUCUAUUUGA